AUGGUCUCACCACAAGACAUCAGCUUCGGCCUGGUCACGACAUGGCUCGGCCUUGUAGGCUAUCUUAUUCUGGCCAAAGUUGUCUACGACCUCGUCUUAGCAGUCUACAGAAUCUACUUCCACCCGCUUCGGCGUUUCCCCGGCUCCAAACUUGCCGUCGCCUCAUACUGGUAUGAAACUUACUACGAUGUCUUCAAAGGCCAUCAAUAUGUGUGGAGAAUCAAGGAAAUGCACGAAAAGUACGGCCCCAUCAUUCGCACCAAUCCGGACGACGUGCACAUCCACGAUCCCGACUUCUUUGACGCGCUCUAUGGCUUGAAACUGGACAAGUGGGCGUGGUGGACGCGGGGUUUUGCGGUGCCCACCGCCGGAGGUAUGACCGUUGAGCAUGAGAUCCAUCGCAAAAGACGGGGAGCGUUGAACCCCUUCUUCUCAAAGGCCAGCAUUGUCGCCAACAUGCCUGUCAUUCAAGAGAAGUUGGCCGUCAUGUGCGAACGGCUAGAUAAGAUCAAGGGGAGUCGCGAGGUGUUGGAUCUCGAGGCCGUGUAUUUGGCCUUGACCACCGAUGUUCUAACGCAGUGUUCUUACGGUUGGACGUACGAUUACAUCCACCAUCCGGAAUGGGCCAUGACCUGGAAGCUUGUCAACACUGGUGGACGCGCAUCGGCAGCUAUUGUGCGCUCGUUCCCCCUGAUCGGCGCCAUCGUCCGCUCGAUGCCCCUAUCCGUGGCAAUCAAACUGGUUCCACCAGUCGGAUUCAUGAAAUCCUGGAUGCAGCGUGUCGGCAUCCAGGUGAAGAAGAUCAAAUCCGAUCCGGAGACAAUGCAAGCCAUCAAGACCGAAAAGAGGCGCAAGGACACCAUCUUCGCCCAGAUUUUGUCGAGUGACCUGCCCGAGGAUGAAUUGAGCGAUGAACGAUUGAUUGAUGAGGGCGUCUUGAUUGCCACUGCGGGCUCUGAGACAACCGCCUGGGCCAUUACCAUUACGACGUACCAUAUCAUGAAGAACCCGGAUGUGCUGGCAAAGAUGCGCGCCGAGUUGUCCCAGGUCGAAAUCCCGCCCGGUGACCCAGUGGCGCCCUGGACAUCGCUGGAAAGGAUGCCCUAUCUGACUGCCGUCAUCAAAGAGGGUGUACGGAUGGCCGGUGGAAUGCUGUCACGCUUGCCAAGAGUCUAUGACAAGCCAAUCCAAUAUAAAGAAUGGACCAUCCCAGCAGGCACGCCCGUGGCCAUGACACCACACCUGGUCCUCAUCGACGAGAACAUCUUCCCCAAACCCCGGAAAUUUGAUCCCGAGAGAUGGCUCGACGAAGACGCCAUCGCCGAGGGCAAGACCACAAGCCGUCUGGACAAGUACAUCGUCGCGUUCGGCAAGGGAUCCCGGAACUGUAUCGGCAUGCACUUGGCAUAUGCGCAGCUGUACAUGUCCGUGGCGGCCAUAGUGAUGCGAUAUAAUCUGGAAAUGUACCAGACGGAUGACAGCGAUGCGACGCCCACAAGGGAUCUAUUCACGGCCGGGGUCAAGCUGGAUAGUCAAGGGAUCAGGGUUAUUGUGCACGACAAGGAUGAGAAGAUAUAG